AUAAUUAAUUACUCUUCUCCAUGAUGAACUAUUCUUUAUAAUCUUUGCUUCUCCACCUUAAUUACAUAGUAAUUAAGUGAACAUGCUCGGUCUACUAUUCGGGUGGAGAAAAGCUUCCAAGUGCAAGAAAUUAGUUAAACUUCUUCAUUGUCGCAUUCAAUUAGUAAAGAGCAAGAAAUACGUAAUUAUAAAGCAAUUACGUGACGACAUUUCUCAGCUUCUCAAGAACAGUCAAUUCGAACGUGCUUUUUCUCUGGCUGAGCAGCUGUUUAAGGAUCAAAGCCUGUUUGAUGCAUAUGAUUUGUUGGGUACUUACUGUGAAUUUAUAACCAUUCGAUUCCGUUUUAUACGUAGACACAGGAAUUGUCCUGAAGACAUUAAUGAAGCAAUUUCAACGUUGAUAUUUGCUACGGCUUGGUGCGGAGAUUUGCCUGAACUACAAGUGAUUCGAAAAUUGUUUAAUGAGCGUUACGGACACAAAUUCACGAAAAUUGCAGCUGAAUUGCAUAUUGGAAAUUUCGUUAAUCAUGAGAUUAAGGAGAAACUUUGCGUAAAAUCAAUUCCUGAUGAUGCGAAAAUGAAACUGAUGAUUGACAUUGCCAAGGAGUCCAUUUUUACGCCAUGGCAGCUUGGAUGUGACCACUCAACCAAAGUACAGCUCUUACAGGUUUAUGGAAAUAACAAAGAUGAUCAUUUGGAAGGCUUCAUUUUCAAAGAAGAAACAUAUGUCAGAUUCAAUGCGACAAGUUCCUGUUGUGAACGUACACAAAGUGUUCGGCCUUUUGUCUCAUCCGAACCUGAAAAACGUAUUCGAAGUAGUCUUUCAAGAGAUAACACCUGCCUAGAGGAAGUAAAAGAGUUGGAGUAUAUUGAAUUUCAAGAUGAGCAUUACAAUGAAGACAAACGAGUGUUUUUGUUCAAUUCGGGGAUUCAUCCAUUGACGUCGAAAGAUUUAUCAAAUGGUCUAGAAUAUUCUUGUAAAGAGGCCGAAAAUGCUGGAAAUAGUAUCGUAGUUUAUCGCGAAGAUCAGAAAUCGGCAUCAACGUCUCAUAACCAUGUGCAUCCCAAGCUCCCGGACUGUGAUGAAUUGGCUAUGAAAUUCAAGGCACUUAAGAAACAACAUCUUCAAAGAAAAAAUCUCUAUAAGUUACAAUCUCUUUAUUUUUUAGAGAAUGACAGCUUUUUCUGAAUAAAUUUCUUACUAAUUUAUUAACUUAUUGAGUGUUAAUGAUAGAUUUAUCAUCAUUCUUCAAAUCCUGUUGCUUUUAAUCAUAUAAAAGCUGGAUCGGAAAUAAAAUUCAGAACAAAUCAUAAAGUUUAUU